UGUUUUUUGAAUUCAGUUUCCAUUUUUUAAAACUUAUUAAUUUGUUUGUAUGACCAUUUUUUGUUUGAGUUGGUUAGAUGGACGAAGAUGAGUGGAUGUAUGAAAUAAUGUCUGAACAAGCGGAUAUGGAUUAUGAAAAUGAAGAAGCAUGUGGUGCGAAUGAACCACAUGUUGAUUGUUUCGAUGCGUUCAAUACUUCUCAGGUGUUUGAGUGCCGAGAUGAUGUUUUGUGGUGGGCUCGAUUCGUUGCUCAUGAAAACGGAUUUGUGGAGGUGAUUUUAAGGUCGGACACCAACACAGGUAGUAGAGGAAGGACUACGUUUAUGUUAAUUGACUGUGAAAGGAGUGGCGAGUAUAGGUGUAGGAAAAAAGAAUUUAUCAGAAGAGACACUGAGACUAAGAAAUGUGGGUGUCCCUUCAAGCUUCAUUGCAAGCCAGUGGUUGGAGGAGAAAGCUGGAUGGUGAAGUUGAUUUAUGGAGUGCAUAAUCAUGAAUAGGCCAAGUCAUUAGUUGGACAUUCAUAUGUGGGGCGAUUGACUAAAGCUAAAAAAACACUUAUUGCUGAUAUGACGAAGUCCAUGGUGAAGCCAAGAAACAUUCUGCUAACUCUGAAGGAACACAAUGCCAGUAGCUGU